AAAUAAUAUGUCCAGGUACUGCUGUAAAUCGAUUCCAGUAGAAUUAAAAAAAUAAAGGAAUAAUAAUAAAACAUUUUUCGGUUCAUUUUCGCUUCGCUUUACAUAAAAAAAUUAUGGAAAAGUUGUUAUUAUCUUAAUGGCUUCAACUGUUUGUUUUUGAGGUCAUGCUACCGAUAACUUUUCAAGAUACUGUUUUUUAGUGUCGGUUAUAAUAUCAGUUUCUAAAAAAAUAACAUUAUAACUGGUGAAUUUUUAACGUACGAAAGUUAAAAAACAACUACCGAAAUGGCAUUCGCCGGCCUCAAAAAGCAAAUUAAUAAAGCCAACCAGUAUAUGACUGAGAAAAUAGGUGGUGUUGAGGGUACGAAACUCGAUGUAGACUUCGUGGAUAUGGAAAGAAAAACGGACGUUACUUAUGAGUUGGUCGAAGAGCUACAGAUGAAAACCAAAGAAUUCUUGCAACCUAAUCCUACUGCCCGGGCGAAAAUGGCAGCCGUAAAAGGAAUAUCUAAGCUCAGUGGUCAGGCAAAAGCAUCUACCUAUCCACAAGCCGAAGGAACGCUUGGUGACUGUCUGCUCUUGUACGGUAAAAAGCUUGGCGACGACAGCUUGUUCGGUCAAGCACUGCAAGAAAUGGGAGAAGCCCUGAAGCAGAUGGCUGACGUUAAAUACGCGUUAGACGAUAAUACUAAACAAAAUUUCCUCGAACCUUUACAUCAUUUACAGACCAAAGAUUUAAAAGAAGUGAUGCAUCAUAGAAAGAAGCUACAAGGAAGAAGAUUAGAUUACGAUUGCAAACGUAGGAAACAAGCAAAAGGUUCGCACGUUAGCGACGAGGAACUAAAGCAAGCCGAAGAGAAGUUUGCAGAAUCUUUGCAUAGUGCUCAGAUAGGAAUGUUUAACUUGCUAGACAACGACAUAGAACAAAUAUCUCAGCUAACAACAUUUGCGGAAGGUCUACUCGAGUACCAUCAGCAGUGUACCGAAAUUUUGAAAUUGGCAGUGAUGGAAAUUCAGGAAAAACGCGAUCAAGCCGCCAGUCGUCCGAAACUAGAAUUCGUGCCCAAGACUUUGAACGAUUUACAUCCAGUCGAUGUCAUCCCGGACGAUAUUAACGACGAGUACGAGUUGAUGGAACCACAGCUCGCACACGUCAAAGGUGGUAGUUCACGAGCUUCGUCCCCGACCCACGCAAAGUCUAACACGCUGGAAUUAACGUCCGGAGCAAAUCAUCACGAUAACCAGCAUCAACAGCCUCAACAUAAUGCAUCGCCAGUUUCUUCUCCAAUUAAGUCUGUCCAACGGCAAAUACCACGCAACUCACCAUGUUGUUCUGCGUUAUACGAUUUUGAGGCUGAAAACCCCGGAGAAUUAGGAUUUAAGGAGGGCGAAACAAUAAUACUGCUGAACAGGGUCGACGAGAACUGGUACGAGGGCAGCACCAACGGCCGCACCGGAUAUUUCCCGGUCACAUACGUACAAGUGGUAGUGCCGUUGCCGUGAACCGACGACAACGAGACGAGACUCACCCUCUGCAGCACGCCCACGCACGCGGACGAUGAUAAAAAACCGUCAACGUCCGUGCGAACACGCCGCCGUCGAGUUGCCGCGUGAAAUUUACAUACUACAGUCCUUUCGCAAUAAAAAAAAAAUAAAUACCCGUACAAACUAUAAAUCUAACCGACCCCGUCUCAACUUUCCUCGUUAAAAAAAAAAAAAAAAAAAACAUUAAAAUUCCAUUCGGUUUUUCGUUAUCGUUGUCCG